UAGACGAAGGAAGCCGCCUUGUGGCUCCCUCGCCGAGGAAGUCACCGCCCCACUUUUCAAGUUACAUCCAAAGAGCCCCGGACGAGAGGCGCACAGACACACGCACAGACACACACACACACGCGUCAAGGCGGGACACUGAAGCGAACAGGGGAGACGAAGACGCACGGACAUAGUCUGAAGUAGGAGGCGUACACAGAGAGAGAGAGAGAGGGCGAGACAGACCGAGGACGGGAAGGGAAGACAGAAUAAAAGUUGCAAUAAUCGUUUGCCUGCGUUGCAUAUCAUCAGCUGGGGCUGGCUGCGAGGCCGUGUGAGCGAGUUCGUGAGUGAGUGUCACUCAGUUGUGGUCGCUGCUGUCCUAGUUGCCAUCUGCCGGCGCGUGUGUUAGUUGUGCGGCGACAGUAUUUGUCUCUGGGGUUUAGUUUAGUUUUGUUUAUCGCGGCGGGGGCAAGUCGAGCUUGUGGAGUGGAGAGCAGGAGAUGGCAGGCGCACAGCCUGGCGUGCACUCGCUGCAGCUCAAGCCCAUCCAAGUGUCAGAAGACCUGCGGAAAGGAAACAAGUUCCUGAAAUGGGAAGAGGACUCCAACACGCUGCUCCCUGUGACGUUGGCGGUGGAUCCCAAUGGACACUUUCUCUACUGGACAGAUAUGACCAAGGAAACGGAAUGUUUGGAAAUCACAAGCAUCCGAGACACAAGGACCGGGAAGUAUGCCAAGAUGCCAAAGGACGCCAAGUUCCGAGACCAGGUGGAGGGCUUCACGGGCGUCGGAAUGGAGAGCCGGACCAUCACUGUGGUGCACGGCCCAGACCUCGUCAACAUCUCCUUCCUCAACUUCACCUCCUUGACCGAGUCCGUGGCCAAGGAAUGGACGGAUGAACUCUUCACUUUGGCUACAAACCUCCUCGCACAGAACUCAUCGCGAGAUAAGUUUUUGAACAAAGUAUACACAAAACUGACACUGCAGAAAAUUGAAGAUAAACUGCCAGUCAGAAGCAUUCUGCGCAUGUUUCCCACGGACAAGAAGAAGGUGGAGAUGGCUCUGAUGAGCUGUGCGCUUCCUUUUGGAAGGAACGAUAACAUCCCGUUAGCGGAGUUCACAUACGAGGCAUUCUACAGCUUCGUCAACAAACUCUGCCCCAGGACCGACAUAGACAGCAUCUUCGCCGAAAGCGGCGCCAAAAAUAAGCCCUACAUGACGGUCGAGCAAUUUACGGACUUCAUCAACAGCAAGCAGCGCGACCCUCGUCUCAACGAGGUCCUCUUCCCUCCGAUGAAGACCCACCAGGUGCAGGCGCUCAUCGAGAAGUUCGAGACGACCAACCUCGCCAAGAAAGGCCAAAUCUCCGUGCUGGGUUUCCUGCGGUACCUGAACGGGGAGGAGAAUGGCAUUGUCCCUCCAGAGAAGCUGGAUUUGAACGAGGACAUGACUCAGCCGCUGUCUCAUUACUUUAUAAACUCGUCGCACAAUACCUACCUCACGGGGGGGCAGCUGAAGGGCAACUCGUCGGUGGAGAUGUACCGCCAGUCCCUGCUCGCCGGGUGCCGUUGCGUGGAGCUCGACUGCUGGAAGGGACGCACGGCCGACGAGGACCCCAUCAUCACCCACGGCUUCACCAUGACCACCGAGAUUCCCUUCAAGGAGGUGAUCGAUGCCAUCGCUGAGACUGCCUUCAAGACCUCGCCAUACCCCGUGGUCCUUUCCUUUGAAAACCACGUUGAUUCCCCCAAACAGCAGGCCAAGAUGGCGGAGUACUGCAGGCUGAUGUUUGGAGACGCUCUGCUCGUGGACGUUCUCGACAAAUAUCCGCUGGAAUCUGGAGUGCCGCUACCCAGUCCUGAAGAGCUCAAAGGGAAAAUUCUCAUCAAGAACAAGAAGAAGAAGAUUUCCAAGGUGGAUACGGCCCGCAAGAAGCUGGAGGUGACCAACUCCAACACUCCGAGCGAGUCCAGCAUCGGGGACGUUCCUGCUUCAACUGGAGUGGAGCCAGCAGACAACUCACAGGCUCAAGCUACACCCAACGGCACAGAGAGAGUCGCCAAGAACACUGACUGGCAGAAGUCCACCAUGUUCAAGAAAUCCUUAGGUAAUUCAGGCGAUGAGGACGUGGGAAGCGAUGAUGAAGACUACAAUGAAGAGGAACUCAAAAAGGCCAACACAGAUGAGGGAACUGCAAGCAUUGAAGCGGGAGCCUCGGAAGAGAUGUCCAACCUGGUGAACUACGUGCAGCCCAUCAAGUUCGACUCAUUUGAGGAUGCCAAGAAGAGGAACCGAAAUUACGAGAUGUCUUCCUUCGUGGAGAGCAAGGGCAUGGAGCAGCUUACCAAGUGUCCCGUGGAGUUUGUGGAAUACAACAAGACCCAGCUGAGCCGCAUCUAUCCCAAGGGCACACGAGUCGACUCCUCCAACUACAUGCCGCAGGUGUUUUGGAACGCCGGCUGUCAGAUGGUGGCCCUGAACUACCAGACGUUAGACUUGGCCAUGCAGCUCAACAUCGGCAUCUUCGAGUACAACUGCCGCAGUGGCUACCUACUCAAGCCAGAGUUCAUGCGCCGGGCUGACAAGCAGUUUGACCCCUUCACGCAGGACAUCAUCGACGGGGUCAUCGCCAACACCAUCUCUGUCAAGGUAAUCUCGGGCCAGUUCCUGUCGGACAGGAAAGUGAGCACGUACGUGGAGGUGGAUAUGUUCGGGUUGCCCGUGGACACCAAGCGGAAAUACAAGACUCGCACCAGCAAAGACAACAACUCCAUCAACCCGGUGUGGGAAGAGGAACCCUUUGUCUUUGAUAAGGUGGUGCUGCCCAGCCUUGCGUCACUGCGCAUCGGGGUGUUUGAGGAGGGUGGGAAGUUCGUCGGACACCGCAUCCUGCCUGUGUCUGCCAUCCGCCCUGGUUUCCACCACAUUUGUCUGCGAAAUGAGAGCAACCAGCCGUUGAGUCUCCCUGCAAUUUUCGUUUUCAUUCAAGUCAAGGAUUAUGUCCCGGUCGCCUUUGAGAAUAUCAUCAGCGGAUUGUCCAACCCCAUAAUGUACCAGGGGUUGAUGGAGCAGCGAGCCAAGCAGCUGGAAUCUCUCACCAUGGACGAGGACCAGGUGGAUGGUCAGGCUGCACCGCAGACUCCUCAGACCCCGCAGCGGCCAAGCCCAGGCCCUCGGCCUGACCCUGUGGCCGCACCGCGGGACAAACACCGGGCCAGCAUCACCAACCCGCCAGACUUGCUGGGCCUCGGCCUGUCCCCGAAAGUUGAUAAGAGAUGCAGCAUUGAUGAGCAUUUUCAAGCGGACGUGCGCCUCGCAAGUCUGGACGACCUUAAGUGCAACAAGCUGCUCGCCAAGUUGUCCAAGCGGCACAUGAAGGAGCUGCAGGAUCUGCAGAAGAAGAACGGCAAGAAGGCGGCCGACCUCAUCAAGGAGCAGUCGUCGCAAUUGUCCGACAUGCAGUCUGGCCUGCUCAGGCAGAGGGCGUCUUUUGAACGGAAACUCUUCAAGGGAAAGAGUGUGGAUUGCAAGGAGCCAUUCGUGGACUCGGAAUUGAGCCGCUCCUUGACCGAAAUGCGCAAAAAGCAGCAGGAGGAUCUUGUGCUGCUGAGGCAGGAGCACUACGCCCAGGAGCUGCGCAAGAGGGGGCAACACAACGCACAGAUGUAUGAGAAGCUGCUGGAGCUGGCUCAGGAGAGCUACGCGAGCCUACAGAAGAAGCUGAAGGACGUGUGCGAGAAAGAGGAGAAGGACACGAGGAAGCAGAUGGACACGGUUCGGCAGGAGCAGCUGGAGAACGCCUCUAAGGACGUGAAGGACAAGAAGGAGCUGGAGAGGCAAAAGAACCAGAUCAAUACCAUGCACAUACAGGACACAGUUGUCAAGGUUAAAACAUUGCAGGAUUCUCAAGAAAAGCGAAAGGAAAGGAUUGCAAAAACGUACGAGCAACUCCUGAAGCAGAUAAAGGACGAGGAGCAGACGCAACUGAAGUCCUUGCAGAUAAAGUACGAUGAGAAGUUGAAGCGGCUGCCCACGGAGAUCAAGGACUACGUGGAGGGUGGCAUGAAGGGGCAGCUCCCCCAGGAGCCGGAGUACUUCUUCCGCACAAACUCACGCAGCUCCUUCGAGUUUGGCUUCUCGGCGUCGGUCGACUGCGACGACGACUCGGUGGUCACGCAGUUCUGAGUUUGCCUCCGGCAGCUCUUGGCGGACCGCCCCCUGGGUGGCUCUCUACGCGUGCCACGUUCGCCAACGUGGCACCGAAUGCUCGCCCAAAGAAAAAGAAAAAAGCGAUCGCUGGUCUAGUUACGUACU